AAAAUUAAAUAAAAAACCAAAAAAAGAAGAAGAAGAGUGAAGAUGAUAACAGGGGGUGAUUUUUACAAGGUGAUGUGUGCGAUGGUUCCACUGUAUUUCGCAAUGAUAAUAGCGUACGGAUCGGUGAAAUGGUGGCGAAUAUUCACCCCGGAGCAGUGUUCGGGGAUCAACCGGUUCGUGGCGGUUUUCGCGGUGCCGGUGUUGUCAUUCCAUUUCAUAGCUCAAAACAACCCGUACCAGAUGGACACCAAGUUCAUCAUAGCGGACACGGUGUCCAAGGUGUUGGUCCUUGCUUUGCUUUCGGUUUGGGCUAUCUUCUUCCCUGGUGGCUCACUCGAUUGGCUCAUCACCCUUUUCUCCCUCGCCACUUUGCCCAACACUCUCGUCAUGGGCAUCCCCUUGCUUAAUGCUAUGUAUGGAGAUUUCACUCAAAGUCUCAUGGUUCAACUCGUUGUUCUUCAAUGCAUCAUCUGGUACACACUAUUGCUGUUCCUCUUCGAAUACAGGGCGGCAACGCUCUUAAUCAAAACCCAGUUCCCGGGCCCCACAGCUGCCACCAUUUCCAAAUUCGAGCUCGACAACGACGUCAUUUCAUUGGACGGUCGUGAUCCUCUCCGUACAGAAUCCGAAACCGACAUCAACGGCCGUAUUCGAGUCCGAAUCAGGCGGUCCACGUCAUCGGCUCCGGAAUCGGCUCUAUCAUCCUCCAUUUGCCUCACCCCUAGAGCAUCCAACCUCUCUAACGCCGAAAUAUUUUCCGUUAACACCCCCGGCGGACCCAACAAUAACGAGAUUGUAUUCUGUAACGGCGACAUGGGGUUCGGUUACCGUGCCGUUAGCCCCCGUUUGUCCGGGUAUGCUUCGUCGGAUGCUUACUCUUUGCAGCCGACCCCAAGGGCUUCUAAUUUUAAUGAAAUGGAUGUGAUUACUACGGCAGCCGGGAAUACACCAAUCUGGAUGAGGUCUCCCGUGGCUGGUGGGAAAGUUUUCCGGCAGCCGUCUCCGGUGGUUCCUCCUACAAAAAUGGUUUGGGACUGUCAAGAUGGUGGUGGGGAUGAUAAUAGGCAGGGCUUCAAAGACCUUGGGGAGAAGGAAAUUAGCUUUAGAGACAACACCAAAAUAACAGUGGCGGAGAUGAAUGGAGAUGGGAAGGAAGGUGAAGUGGGGAGCAAACAAGAAAUGCCAAAGGCCAUAGUGAUGGUGAGACUCAUUUUAAUUGUUGUUGGAAGGAAGCUUUCUCGAAACCCUAAUACUUACUCAAGCAUCUUAGGGCUUCUUUGGUCUCUCAUCUCUUUCAAGUGGAAUGUAGGGAUGCCGAGUUUGGUCAAGUAUUCAAUAAAAAUAAUCUCCGAUGCUGGCCUUGGGAUGGCAAUGUUCAGUUUAGGGUUAUUUAUGGCACUUCAGCCAAGGAUUAUUGCAUGUGGAACAAAAAGAGCAACAAUGGGGAUGGUGAUUCGUUUCCUGUGUGGCCCUGUAAUAAUGUCCACUGCAUCGAUAGCUCUGGGAUUAAGAGGGGCAAAACUACAUGCUGCCAUCGUACAGGCAGCCCUUCCCCAAGGUAUCGUACCAUUCGUCUUUGCAAGAGAAUACGGUUUACAUCCCGACAUAUUAAGUACUGGGGUUAUUUUUGGCAUGUUGGUGUCAUUGCCUGUGACACUUCUGUAUUACAUACUUUUAGGCAUAUGAAGUAUGAAGGAAAAAAACAGUACAACCUCAAUAAAAGAAGAUGGAGAAUAUGUUCCAAUUAGCUUGUGAAGUUCAUCAAGAGUAUAAUGUACCCAUAAUUUCCCCCUAACGGUACCUUCAUAUGUUAUAUUUCUAUAUUGUUAGGGGACAAAAGAAGAGGGUAAUCUUAGAAUGUUUCAAGAACUUGAUAUAUUAGGGUUUUUUCUUUUUGCAUUUCAUAGUACAUAGAUUAGUGGUAGCCGAAAGAGAGAGAGAGAGAGAGAGAGAGAAAGGGUAUUAUGAUGACAUAUGAUUAAGUUAGAAGACUUAUAUUUCAUGGUGUGGGUGGGUAAAAAGAUGGUGCAAGUGCAACCAAGCAUGUUUGACUCAAGAAAAAAGAAGGCAAAAUCAUCCUAUUGUCAUUUCAAUGUUUUGGAAGCCUAUAAUUCAUUCCAUUAUAAACA